AUGGCACACCCAGGGCGACCAAGCCCCCCCGAGGCCCAGGAAGGGCCCCCCGAACUGGAGGGAGGCAGCCCCCAGACCCCGGGGCAGCCCCCAGACCCCGGGGCACCCCCCCCACAGCAACCCGGCUGCCCAGCCCCAGGCCAGCCCCCCAACCGCCCCGGACCCCCGGUCGCCCCCCGGCCCGCCCCCAGCGAGCACCAGUCCCCAGGCCCCCAAGGCCCCGGAUCCAGUCAGCCACACCGUCCCCUACCCAAUGGCCCCCCCGACCAUAGACCCAGAGAAACUGUCAGGGCCGAUGGACCCCCAAGGCCCCCCAGCCAGCCCCACCCCUGA